CUCGCUGCCUCGCAGCACCAUGGCUUUCGACCUGACAUCUUACAUCGGAGCGACCAUUUGCUGUCUUACCAUCCUAUUGCUUGCCUUCUCUCGCAUUUCGAAGCACAGACCAAAGAGAUAUCUACCGCCUGGGCCGAGGGGCCUCCCCCUAGUAGGAAAUGCUCUUCAGAUCCCAUUCGAGUAUCAACAGGAUAAAUUCGCUGAAUGGACCAACAUAUAUGGGGAUGUCAUUUAUGUGCGCGUCUUACAGAAACACAUCGUCAUCUUGAAUUCGGCGCGCGCCGCGCGUGAUCUGCUAGAAAAGCGCGGCGCGAUGUAUUCGGACAGGCCGCGCUUUGUGCUGUUCAAUGAAUUAAUCGAGAGCUUCAAACCCAACAUGGCUCUGCUGUCCUAUGGCGAUGAAUGGCGGAAACAUCGGAAGUGGUUCCAGAUGACGCUUUCCAGCAGAGUCUCCCUCGACAGUUAUCGUCCAAUGCAGCGGCGAGAAGUGGUUAUAUUGCUCUCAAAUAUGCUUCAAACGCCCCAUGAUUUCGCAUCGCACAUCAAGCGGUACGCAGCCGGAGUGCUCAUGGAAAUCAGCUACGGCCACACCGUCACCUCCGUGGACGACAAGUUCAUUCGCAUGGCAGACGAAGCUGGGGCUGAGAUCCUCGAAAUUGGCGGUGCAGGCUCCGCUCUUGUGGACUUCUUUCCCGUGUUCAAAUAUGUGCCGACAUGGUUACCGGGCCCGGGGAGCUUCAAGCGCAGAGCACUCGAGCUCGGGCAGUUCACGAGGAAUACGAUGAGCCUACCGUACGAGAAUGUCAAGGCCGAGAUGGCUUCCGGAUCUGCCAGACCCUCGUUUGUAAGCAAACGGCUUCAGGAGGCUUCCCACCCUGCAUGUAGGGCAGAGGAUGAGGAUCGAAUUAGAGCAGGUGCUGCUGUGAUAUAUCAAGCCGGAAUCGAUACGACUGCUACUCUCCUGACGUCAUUUGUUCUUGCCAUGGUGCUUUACCCUGAGGUGUAUCGAAAGGCUCAGGCAGAGAUGGACAUCUUGGUUAGGCAAGCAAGGCUUCCGAACCCGGACGACAGGGCUAUGUUGCCAUAUCUGGAAUGCGUUUUGAAGGAGGUGCUUCGAUGGUGCUGUCCCGCACCGCUUGGUGUACCACAUUAUGUCUCUCAAGGUGACCAAUACCGCGAUCACUAUAUCCCGGGAGGUACAAUGAUAAUCCCCAAUAUCUGGGCCAUGACGCGAGACGCGGAUGUGUAUCCAGACCCAGAAGUCUUCAAUCCUGAUAGGUUCCGCGAAUUUACCGAUGACACAGAAGACGCACUCGAUCCGCGUACAAUUGUUUUCGGGUUCGGAAGAAGGAUCUGUCCUGGCCGUUUGCUGGCGGACUCAAAUGCGUGGCUGGUGGCGGCAAAUCUUGUGGCAACCAUGGAUAUCCGACGAGAAUAUGAUUCAUCCGGUCAGGAAAUCAUUCCAGUACCGGUGUUUACUUCGGGGACUGUUAGACACCCGCGCUCAUUCCUUUGCAAGAUCCAUCCGCGUUCGAACAAAGCAGUGCAGACUAUCAGAGAGUCAAAUGAUGAAGUGGAAGCUUGAGAAUCCCAUGUUUCAAUGUGUCUCACUAUCGAGUGACACUAUGCCGAUGUAGUAAAGUCCAUAAAAUUCUGACACUUUAUACCAAUGCUGUUGCGCUUGAACUGCUCAGGCAGCUGAAUGGCA